UGAAGCUGUUGAAGAGGACCUUGUCAGUCUUGGUUCAUUGAUGAAAGCGACGAUGAGAUCGGUCACCACGCCAGAGAGUGAGCGGAUGACGGACUCAGACCACAGGCCUCUGCUAAACCUCCUGCUCCACCUAUAGCCCUAGCCCAACCAGAACCACCCUCCAUUCCCUGGUCCACUUCCACACACACAUCGCCUUCUUUCUGCCCUUCAUCUCUCCAUUCACCACCGUGGGACGACUGUCGCCAUGGAAACUGAGGACGAUACAUUUUUGGACCCUGAGGACGUAAAAGGCACAGAGUCUGACAACCUGCUUGACGCAGUGACGGAGGACCCUGAGGACCCCGAGGAGCAAGAGGAAGAGGAGGAAGAGGAGGAGGAUGACGAUGACAUCUUCAGCAAUUGGUUGAGUAGAUACAAAGCAACAGAACAGGCAAAAGACAAAGAGAAAGAUGAGGGAGAGGACAACGCAGACAUGUUUGAUCGAAAGAGUAGCCUCGACCCACCAGCAAGACCACGAGCAGACCGCAGGGCUUCACUGCCGUGUCCGGCUCAGCUCAGUGCCAUGCAGCUGUCUCGUCUCUAUAACGCCACCAAGCCGCCCACCCCAGUCAGGGGCCACAUCCGGACCCGCAUCUCCUCCUGUGAGGACAGCUGCCCCGCAAGGCCGGCCUGUCCAGAGCGACGGCCCUCCGUCAUAACAACCAUCCCGGAGGUGGCCGAACUGCCAGAGAGGAAGACACGCUUCCGCAGGCGAAAUGUCAUGUCUCUGAGCGACGCAGAUCGUGUGUGUCUGAUCUGCCAUGACGACCUUAACAAAGGGGCGAGCGGAAUCGAAGAGCUGCACUGUUCCCAUAGCUUCCACAGUGAGUGUAUUGAGGAGUGGCUGUGGCGAAAGCAGUCGUGUCCUACGUGUCGAGUGCAGGUGCCCAUGCCCGAACCCCUCUACUGGAGCUCGGCCCGAGUCAAAGUCCCCUGAGGCCUCCUAGAACCACCUAGAACCGUCCCACCAAUGGACAAACCUUCUACAAACAGACCCAUACGGAACAUUCAAGGGACUCACCUCUCUGCCAGUGUUCAUGCUGAGGGGAACACUGUCAAGAAUCCUUCUGUCGGGCCGCGGUCAUAGGCUACUCGUCUGCUUCCUCAACCUCCUCAGACUGUAGCAUUCCAAAUGCUACCUCCAGGAAGGAAAAGUUCCUCUGAGAGCAGCAGAGAGUCUGGGUGUAGCUAAGGACCACCAUGGAAGAAGCCUUUGGACUAAGCCUGUAAUUUUGGCUUUAUUUCUGUUCCAGAACCCCAAAUCAGAUGACACUUAAAUGGAUGUAAUCUUAUUGGAGAGUAAUCCCAGACCAUUAGGUGUGAAGGUGUAGGGGUGGGGAGUGCACGUCUUAGCUGACUGUAGUGUAGGUUAUCUUAAAACGGAUACUGUCUGUAAGACAGACAACAGGAUCCUCGUUUCUUGUAUUUGAUGUCAUUGGGCGAUUCUAUGUUAACUGGGAAGUGUCAGUUCCUUUUUUCUAGUAUUUUCUCAUGUUUCUUUUAACCUAGGUGAAUAAAUAUAUGUCCAUCAUUCUAGUUGGUCUUUUGUAUUUCGUUCAGCCUGU